AUGGGCGAGAACCUGGAGCAGUCAAGUAUUGAAAUAAUAGUUGAAAGCAGACUGCCAGCAUGGAUUCUUGAAAGGAUUUAUCAACAAAAGGAACAGGAAUCAUGGUCAGUAAAUAAGCUGAGACAAUUUCUCGGGAAACUAGUGCUCAGAAGUGAAGAAGUAAUGAGGAUCCAAUCCCUGAAUAUGACAAAAAAUCAAGAACCAGUAAAGAGUAAGUCAAAACCAUUUUCACGAUUUAUCCCUAAUGAAACUUCAGCAUUAUCGGUUAAAACAAAAAGACCCUGCAUAUUUUGUAAUAAAGAUCAUUGGGAUAAUGAGUGUCAGGUUUACUCAACAGUAAAACAAAGGACGAAACGUUUGAAGGAAUUAAAGGCCUAUUUGAACUGUUUUGAUAAUAGUCACAAGACGACGGAUUGUAAAAGCAGAAAAUGUUCCUGUUUUUACUGCAAAGGCCCUCACAACACAGCACUAUGCGAAGAGAAGUAUCAAGGGCAUAACGAAUCAAAUAAAAAAGAAUCCAAAAAAGUCAAUGUUAUCAAUCCAAUUUAUCAGGAGAUUCGAAGCGAAGCUAUAGUACUCUUCGAUACUGGUGCGCAAACAUCGUUUGUAUCAAAAAAAUUGGCGCAAAAAUUGAAAUUAGAGGUUGAUGAAAGUGGAGUCAUGAGGAUUGCCUCAUUCAGCAACAAAUACUCAACUUCAUCUCCGUACUAUACAACGGUUGGUCCGAUAUUAGCUGGCAGUGGAGAUGCAACAAGGCCACCUAAAUUCACUGGAGUGACAACUAUAUCAAACUGUAAAGAUAUUACGCCAACAUCCGAAUGGCCACAAAGAACACCAACAACUGACAAACCUAAUGACGAAGAUAACGAACAAGCCUUAAACCAAUUUAAGGAUAGCAUUACGAAAAUCAAUGGACGGUAUCAGGUGUCAUGGCCAUAG